UUACCUUCCUAGCAAUUCUAAUCACUCUACUACCUACUACUACUAUUAUUAUUUACCUCUUGUCGACUCCAAAACUAAUACAUCAUUAGUCGGAUAGAGCAAAAAAAAAAAACCUAACGACCGACAUUGAUAUAAACGUCCAUGAAAUACGGCCUUGAAUUACAAGAAAAUAUAUUUGCGCCAUGGCGACUAUCAUAUAUUGCCUACGACGUCUUGAAACAAGAGCUAAAGUCGCGACAACUGGACCAUGGUUGGACAGAGCAAGACGAGACCGACUUUGUACACUUAUUAGACAAUGAGUUGGCCAAAGUAUAUGAUUUUGUCAAUGCCAAACUGUCCGAGAUUGAUGCCCGUAUACUCUACUGCGAACGAACCAUACAGACGUUGCAAAAGAACCGAAACAUGGCGUCGGACGCAAACUACAGCAUGAUGGACGAAGCACUGACCGAAAUCCUGUUUGACGUCAACGACCUGUCUCGAUUCACGCGUGUUAACUUUACGGCGAUCCAAAAAAUUUUGAAGAAGCAUGACAAAUGGACGCACUUGAACUUGAAGCAAGAGUAUGUAAAGAAACUGCGACACAAGCCGUUGGAUAAGCAGCGAUUCGACGUUGCCAUCAUUUACAUUUCUGCACUGCACGAUAUCUGUCGGAACCGAGGCAAGCAGAACAUGGGCAACUCUGCUGCAGGCGGGGAUCAGAAUGCAUUUGAACGCGCCACGGCCAAGUACUGGAUCCAUCCAGAUAACAUCACAGAGGUCAAGGCUAUCAUCAUGCUGCACCUGCCCGUCUUGAUUUUCAACAAGGAUAAAAAAUACGAGCCCUCCGAUGCUGCCAUCUCCAGUGUUUAUUUCGAUAACUCCAAUUUUGAUUUGUACACUGGCCGUCUCCAGCGUGAUGAAGGUGCAGAAGCCAUCCGGUUCCGAUGGUAUGGACCAGUGGAGAACAAAAGCAUUUUCAUUGAACGAAAAACCCAUCAUGCUGCUUGGCUCGAGGGCGCCUCAGUCAAGGACCGGUUUCGUCUAGACGAAAAGGAUGUAAAUGCUUUUGCAGAAGGGCGCUAUACUGCCGACAUGAUCGCCAACGAUCUGCGUCAAAAAAACCUAGAUCAAGCAACGAUCGAUAACGUCCAUUUCAUUGCCAACGGCGUUCAAGAGUCCUUCCGCGAAAAGCACCUUGAGCCCAUGCUGCGCGUGUUUUACAACCGCACUGCUUUCCAGCUGCCCGGUGACCAACGACUACGUAUUUCGCUCGACACGGAUCUGACGUUUAUCCGUGAAGACCAUUUGGAUAGCAAGCUGCGACGACAGCCACCCAACAACUGGCGACGCAACGAUUUAGGUAUCGACUAUCCAUUCAAUUACGUUGAUCCAACUGACAUUCUGCGCUUCCCCUACGCGGUCCUUGAAACAAAGCUGCAGACACAUUUAGGCCAGGAGCCACCAGACUGGCUCUCUUCGCUUAUCGAGAGUCAUUUGGUUCAUGAAGUCCCGCGCUUUUCUAAAUACCUUCAUGGAGCAUGUCACUUUUAUCGCGAACGACUUCCUCUCCUGCCCUGGUGGCUAAGUGAAAUGAACGUUGAUAUCCGGAAACCGAGAGCUGAAAACAUUGGCCUAACACGAUCAAGAAGUUUCAAACCUCUUAUCGAUGGUCGCUAUCGACGUGCCAUGAUUGAACAAAAAGAACGUAUCAACCAACGGGCAGUGGUUGAUGGCGCUUCUCCCCCUUCACCUCGAAGGCAACGAACGAAUUCGACGCAAGAUACGAACGGUGCAUGGCUCCCAAUCUCUCGAAACACCGACUAUGCAGUGUCCAUGGCAGAUGGCGCAGCAACCAGAAGCGAUGCUGCAACAACCACAGCAGCAGGCGAUAAUUCACCGCCACCUCCACCGCCACCGGAGAAAUCGAAAAGCUAUUAUGCAAACAUUAACAGCAGCAGUCGACUUUUGGCUCCAACAUACAAUACCGACACCAAUAUCAGCAGCAACAUUGGCGGCGAGUCUCGUGCUACGAAAUGGAUCAAUCGCAUGUGGGGCGAUAACCGUGAAAACGGUUUUGGUAGAUCUGUUGAUGACGACACAGGCAGUGACCCAUACCGACGCCAGAAGGUCAAAGUACGAGUGGAGCCUAAGGUGUUCUUUGCCAACGAACGUACUUUUAUUUCGUGGCUCCAGUUUUGUGCUUUGUUACUCACAGUUGCAUUGAACUUGCUCAACUUUGGUGACGGUACCUCGCGCGCAGUUGGUGGCGUGUUUAUUUGUAUUUCUGCAAGCGUUGCAGUCUACGCUUUAUAUCGAUUCGAGAAGCGAGCAUGGAUGAUUAAUCGUCGUAUCGACGGCCGUUACGACGAUCUUUGGGGUCCUGCAGUUCUGUGUACUCUUCUCGUUAUUGCCCUUAUCGUCAACUUUUACCUUCGGUUCAAAUAAGCCGACAUUACUCCCUCCUGACGGCGCGGGCAGCAUAUUGUAUCAAAGAGCUAAAAAAAAAAAAAUUAAAAAUAUACUUUCAGCAACAGCAAGAACAACAACAACAACAGCAGCAGCAACUAUUCAAUUACUAUUACCCACUUUCCCAAAUGUUUAUUUCUCCUUCACAUUUCUGAUCCACACUUGCUACAUCGGCGCACAGUAGCAGCAGCAGCAGCAGCAGGAUCAACCAUUUCCCUUCCUAUUGUCAUGUGUUAUUAACCGU